AUGGAUCUUGUGAAUGACAAGGCAGCAAGAAAGCGUAAGAUUGCCAUUCGAAAAGCCCAGGGGAAAAAUCUUGAGGCCAUCCGAGAGCUGAAUGAGUAUCUGGAACAAUUUGUUGGAGACCAAGAAGCUUGGCAUGAACUUGCAGAACUUUACAUCAAUGAACAUGACUAUGCAAAGGCAGCCUUCUGCUUAGAGGAGCUUAUGAUGACUAAUCCACACAACCAUUUAUAUUGUCAGCAAUAUGCUGAAAUUAAAUACACUCAAGGGGGGCUUGAAAACCUUGAACUAUCAAGGAAGUAUUUUGCACAAGCGCUGAAGCUUAACAACAGAAAUAUGAGAGCUUUGUUUGGACUUUACAUGUCUGCCAGUCAUAUUGCUUCCAAUCCAAAAGCAAGUGCAAAAAUGAAAAAAGAUAAUAUGAAGUAUGCCAGCUGGGCAGCUAACCAAAUAAAUAGAGCAUACCAGUUUGCAGGUCGCAGUAAGAAAGAAACUAAAUACUCUUUGAAGGCAGUGGAGGACAUGUUGGAGACUCUGCAAAUCACUCAAUCUUAGGUUGGCAUAGAGAUCAAAUAUGAAAUUUUCCAAUUCCAUGACCAACCUAUAAUGACCUAUGGGUUAUGUUACUCUAGUGCUGUUAAAAGUUGAUUUUGUACUGAUUAAUUUGCUAUCUAAAAUAAUGCUUUAUGAAAAUUAAAAUGUCUAUUUAUUGCUGCUAUGAGAUGAAUACCCACUGAAAUGAAUAAUGUACCACAAAGACAAUAUAAAGAAAUGAUGUGCUGCACAUCAGUCUCUUGAGAUUUUUGUAUUUACAGUACCUGCUUUUAAGCCAUAAUUUGUAGAAAUAAACUUGUUAAAUGAUUAAAAAAAA